GUAAUGACGUGGUAUCGGAUUGGUCACAGGGUGUACUCGACGAUGCCCGAUGCCGCAUUUUAGGCAGUAUCGGAGGCAUUAUCGGAGGCAACUCUAGUGCACGCUGAACUUUGAUCCACAGAGCAAUGAAGUUGGAGGCAGUAUACGGAUGGAGGCAGUAUACGGAGGCAGGCAGUGUAAGGAUGGAGAAAGAGGUGCUGAUCCGGAGUCUUGGAUUCCUUGAAAGUGCUGGUGUCAAAGUCACCUCAUUGGUGACGGACCGACACACACAAGUUCAAAAAUUUCUCCGGGAGCAUAAACCAGAAAUUCAGCACUUCUAUGAUGUUUGGCAUUUAUGUAAAGCACUUAACAAGAAAAUGGAUGCACUUGCAAAAGAAAAGGACUGCAAGAAGAUCCAACAAUGGCAAAAGAGUGUGUCAAAUCACCUCUACUGGUCAGCAUCCAGUGGAGAGGAAACGGUGGCAAAAUGGACAUCCCUUCUAAACCACAUCCAGGAUGUCCAUGUCCACGAAAAUCCACUGUUCCCCACCCACCUUCCACUGAUAAAAACAAGUGGCAGAAUCCGGCGACAAAGGCCACCUACAAGAUUGAGAAAAUCCUGUUCAACAAGCGCAUCCUUGGUGAUGUUAAAAAGCUGAGUCCUCUGUAUCAGACGUCAGCUUUGGAGGGAUUCCACAGUCUCAUUCUGCGGUUUGCACCAAAAAAUGUGGCGUUCUCCUACUUAGUGAUGCUCUGCAGGCUUUACCUGGCUGCGUUUCAUUUCAAUGAAAAUUCUGGGCGUUCACAAGCAAGGACUGCAGCAGGAGAACUCCGGUUCCAAAUCAAAUUUCCAAAGGCCAAGAGAGGGGGACAUGUUGUGUCCAUGGUGAAAACCAAAUACACCACUGAAUAUGUCUCAGAGCUUAUGGACCUCCUCUUUAACAAGGUCAUCCAUGACCCUGGGACCUUUGCAGCUGAGCUGAGAGCAGUGGCUGUUCCUGGAUUCCUGUGCUCACAGUAUGAGCGGCCUGAGAAGGCAGAUGCAAUUGCCAGACAUGUGUCCAGGUUCAGCUGUCCAGGUGGGGUGGGAGCAGCUCCAGCACUAGGUGGCCCAACAUCAGACUGUGCAGCAGAUGUGCCAGUUACUGACAGAGAAGAGGGUCGGAUCAUUACCCAUUAGGGGUACUCUUCAUGAAUGCGGCGCACAACACAGGAGGGUAUGACCGCACGGUUAUUUUUGCCCAGGUAUCCCCAGCACCAGGACACAAAACUUCGAUAGGCCAGAACAGGAUCCCAGAAGAUGACAUUCUGAUUCAUCAACCUGCAGCAUGUGUCAUCAUGUAGCCUGUAUGGAUGUGUGAUGAAAUGGAUAGUUUUUUACUCUUUAAAAUUUCAUGUAAUUGUCCAAGUGACUUAUCAUCCAUUGGUUUCUGGUGACAUUGAUAAAAAAGCACUGUACAAACAAUGGGUAGAAGAGGGGACCAUCAUAACAGGAUGUCUCAAGUACUGACCUAUAAUUACAGGUUAUUGUUUGUGUUCAGAUAAAUUCCCUUAUUGAUCUUUUUCACCAUCAUAUACAGUAUCUCACAUAAGUGAGUACACCCCUCCCAUUUUUUCAUGGGACAACACUAUAGAAAUGACACUUUGAUAAAACUUAAAGUAGUCAGUGAAUUCCAUGCCCAAAAGGGUUAAGGCAGUGCUAGAUAAUA